AUGUCUUCGACCGCAGGCCGCUCGUCAGCGGCGUUCCCAAAGGCCUCCGGACAACGCUCAAAGGGUCUGACCACCCAGGUUGAAUUCGGCGAACAGAAGGUCGAUGUACCUAAAGGCGGUUACUACGACCGUUAUCGCAUGAACCCAAACCUGGACGAGGUAGCUCGCGAUCCGGCCGUCGGACCUGACAUCGACUUCUUCCGGAAGACCCCAAAGAAGCUGGUCGAUUCGAGGGUGGGUCGGAUAUACGCACCCAACUUCUAUUAUCGCACCAGGAGUGUGCAGCUCGUCUUUCUUGCGCCCCUCGACCGCCUGCAGUCGAAGCUCCCGUCACCAUUGGAGCCCAUCACAGCGUUGCCCGGUUACGGGUUGGUCGCCUUGACGUUUUACUCGUACCUCGUCUGCGACAAUGACCCUUAUAACGAGGUCUCCGUCGCCAUCAUCGUCCGGCAGCCGGGUCAAAAUAGUUACAGUACGACCCAACUGCUCAGCUCCAUGUGGAACCGAACCUACUACGGACACGUGUUGGCUCUACCCGUCGAUACUGAGAUCGCUCGAGUGCGAGGUGUAUACGGAUACCAAUUGCCCAAAUGGCUCGCCAACAUCAAUCUGGAGAUGGACGACCACAGCAUCAAGGCUAACCUGACAGCGACCGAUGGGACACCCGAUUUGACGCUCGACAUACCCCUUCCUGCCCUGAGGACAAUCCCGUCCCAAUCCUCGAUCGGGACCAACAUCGCGAUCAACAAGAUUGACGGGAAAUGGUGUGAGGUGGCAGUUCAGACCAACCCCCUCCUGGGGGUACAAGCUCUUCUCCCUGGAAACAUCACGCUCUCUCGGAGUGCAGGUCCAUUGAGUAAACUUCUCAACGAAUUGGGCGUUUCGACCAUCGUACGGAUGGACGUCCUCAAGGAUGCGCAAAUGGUCUUGAACAUGCCCACACCCUUGAAGGCAUUCCAUUGA